UGGUGACCACCCAGCCUUCGGCCCUAGAUUAAGUCUGUACGCACACAUGUAUAAUGUGCUGACUAUAAUUUUAAGAACUUAGGUAGAUAAGUCGCCCCACCGGAGAUGUCGCGCCGAGAUGGGUCAGACAGUAGAUUAGUUUUUUUACAAUUAAAAGUACCUCAGAAUCGGUAACACGCUUUUAAUUUGUCUCCCGAAAUUCCUUAGUAGUAAUACUUAGUAAUUUCAAUAGUUUCCCCGCUCCGGAAACAAGAGUGGCGCAGCCGGUAGGAUUUCGCUGUUAUAUUCCUAAAUUCUUCGCGGUUUUAAAUUCGUCGCGUGUCUCGAGGACGAGCUGCACGAUAGCUGUGGGAAUUUAAGGACGAGUGAAAUCCGACGAACCAAAUAAAUUACUCUUGGUGCGUGUGGGCAAACAAAGGAAUACCAAGGAUGAGAGUAGCAGCUGGCUGGUGCGGCAUAUUAUUGAUGACAGUCACGAUGCUGUCGCUGGCCCUUCAUCUGCAAAAUCUUGAAGGUAAUCCAGGAGUUUUACCGGUGAAACAAGGUCAUGCAUAUUUCCAAACUGAUCAGUGGACUAUUGUAAAGAUCAUCAGCCUAGAUCAAAUUUAUACUGACCUUAACUACAUCUCUACCAACUAUCAAGCGCUUUGUAAUUUAAUUGAUUGGAAUGCAUCAUACUCACAAGAAAUUAUGACUAUUAAAAUGCAUACAGAUUCCAUACGUGAUUUAACUGUAGAAAAAUACCAACAGCUUAUACCAUCCAAACGAUCUAAACGAGGACUCAUUAAUCCACUGGGCUCUAUUAUAAAAAUUGUUACCGGUAAUUUGGAUCAUGAUGAUGCGUUGAAGUAUGAUAAUCUCAUUUCUAAAUUGAAUCAAGGUCAAAUCACUAUAUCUAAAAGGUUAACAUUGGUCUCUAAAAUGUUUGACAGUUUUAUUAAUGCCACUGAAACUAUUGAACAGAAUACAAUUAACUUCCAUAACAGGUUAACUAAAAUUGAAACAUUAAUUAAAGAUUUAACUGCUCAGCAAAAUAGUUGGAUUUUUCUGACGUACUUAACUGGGUUGUUCAAUGUUUUCAUGAGUAACUUUCGUACCAUAUUUAUUAGAUUAAGUGAAAUCGAAACUGCACUUGCAUUAAGCAGAGUCUCUAUUUUACAUCAAUCAAUUGUUAAUUCUUCAGAACUUUUAUAUCAUCUUAAAUUAAUAUCCGAAUAUGAAAGCUUAAUAUAUCCUCCCGCCGAAGCGAACUUGUUAAAAAUAGAAGAGAUUAUAUGUGUUAAAUCAUUUAUUAAAAGUAAUCAAAUAACGUUUAUAAUGGAGAUACCACUUACCGAUAAUGUUACUUAUAACUAUUAUAAGAUUUACUCCCUACCAAUUUUCCAUGACACCGAAAAUAAGACCCUAGCUAUUUUCCCCAAAUACCCUUACCUAUUGGCGAAAGAAAAUAGAUACUCACCAAUCGCAAUACCGUGUAGACCAUUCUCUGCCGGUGCUCGCUUCCUCUGCACUGCAGACAACAGGAUCCCCUUCUAUGAACUUACCUGUGUCGAACAGCUUAUGAAUUUCGAAAACGACCUUACCCUUUGCAAACAACAUCCAAUAGAAAUCGAACAGGUCAGAGUCCAACAAGUCGCUAACAACAACUGGAUCCUGUAUAGUGAAGAGAAGACCACACUAACAGAACGAUGCAAGGAUGAGACCAGUAGACAAUUGGUAUUUGGUACUUACCUGAUGACCAUCGAAGAACCCUGUGAGGUGGAGAUUCAUGGCAUACACAUUAAUCAUCGUAUCUUCAUAGAGUCCGAUGUGGUGAAAAGAGUACCAAUCAUCGCCUUACCUCAGUUACGCACUAACGCACAGCUAUCCAGUACACGUGCACUUGAUAUGAAGGGCAUAAAUCUAGACGAAGUGAAAUAUAUGGCGUAUUCGUUAAAACAUAGUGAAGUGAUCGAAAGUGUUUUGAUAAAAGGGACAGUAGCUUCAGUGCGUCCUUGGUGUACGUGACCUUAGGUUUAGUUAUUUUAAGUAUUUUUGUAUUUUCCGUUUAUGUUGUUCGGCUCAAAUUGCUGAAAUACACGUGUUUCAAGAAAAAUUAUCGGAACCAAUCUAAAAUCGAUUCUCCCGAUAAUUUUCCUCUUAAGGUCGGAGGAGCUAUGGUGACCACCCAGCCUUCGGCCCUAGAUUAAGUCUGUACGCACACAUGUAUAAUGUGCUGACUAUAAUUUUAAGAACUUAGGUAGAUAAGUCGCCCCACCGGAGAUGUCGCGCCGAGAUGGGUCAGACAGUAGAUUAGUUUUUUUACAAUUAAAAGUACCUCAGAAUCGGUAACACGCUUUUAAUUUGUCUCCCGAAAUUCCUUAGUAGUAAUACUUAGUAAUUUCAAUAGUUUCCCCGCUCCGGAAACAAGAGUCGGUAUUCAUAGCAAAGUAUCUUGUACUGUUUAUCGAAAACUGUGUUUUUGUAAACAAACUCGCGCGCUCGCAUCCCGCCCCGCCACCGCCACCCGCACCCGAGCCGGCGUCCGGCUUGGCGGCCAUUGUGUUUUUGACCAGCGAGCGAGCGCAGUAUUGCAGAUUGAAUUUGAAGUGUUUUUCGCCUUUUUGGGUUAUUAUUACAAAACCAGUGACGAGAUGGAUGAUGACAUUGACCAAGACGUCCCUCAGUUAUUAAAGCAGUGGGGUUUACCCCAAUAUAUUCAUACUUUUCAAGGACACCCAGAGUCAGCUCAGCUUCAAAACAUGCGAAAAGGAUAACUAGUCAAUAGGCUUGUUUUAUACAAUUUAGGUUCCCAAGCCAAGUAUUCGAUUCCCCUAGACCAGAAAAUUAUGCCUUAGGCGUUGGGACUUUCUUGUCCGUUGAAAAAUCUACUCUUAAAAUCGAAUGAAGGACAAGGCCUGCUAAAUUUAUAUUCAGAACAAGGCAAAUUAUCAAAUAAUGGGCGAAGAAAAGUUUGCAAUAUAAUAAUAAAAGACCUAAUGCAAUCAGACCCAAAUAAAAGAAUAGACAGUUCUCUACUUCUUACAAAAGCACAAGAAAUAACUGAAGUAUUCAAAAAGGAAAAUAUAAGUACUUACUUUAUUCCAUACAUUAAUGAUACUAAACUUAAAAUAAAAAGAUGUGCAAAAGGCAAAUUAUAUGACUGUCUACAAAACAGGCGCCGCGAAUUAAGGGAGGCUAAGGUUAUUAAAAGAAAAAUGGCAGCAACAUCAACAAUAACAGCAACGAGCCAGAAGUCGUCGAAGAAGAUGGUGGUGCAGAUGAAGAUAUCCAGUGGCUCCAAAACUGUACAGAACCCUGGCAUUUAGUGAUAGAGAAGUGGCAAAAAACUUCCAAAAAUAGAUUGAAGGAAAUAGAGACUUCAGAAAUGACCAUCGGAGCAUACAUUAAUAAAUAUCCAGUGUUAAAACGCCACGCGGGCAUGAGCUUCUUAUUGAAGAUUUAAGAAGGGCCCUAUUAGAGCCUGUUCACACUAGCAUUAAUAUCGCCGCGAGCACGCGGCGAGCAAGCUGCGAUAUCACACACAUAUAAAGUUGCUCGCGGCGAUAUUAUUGCGAUAAAAUAAUCGCCGCGAUACCGCGACGACCCGCGGCGAGCUCGUUGCGUGCACGCCGCGAUCUCGCAUCGCCGAAAAGAAUCGCUAGUGUGAACAGGCUCUAAUAGGGCCCCAUACUUUACAAGUUGAAUGUAGAAAUGAUAAGUAUAAGGGACGUCGACGCUGAAAAGACGCCUGAACGGGUAGCAUGAUCGCGCGAAAAGUGAUAAAACAUCUCCCUAUCGCACUAUUAGUAAGUGCGAUAGGGACGGAUGUUUUAUCGCGCGAUCAUGCUACCAAUGCAGAUGUGAGGGGCCGUAAUGUGUAAGUGUAAUUUCUACGGACCAAUGAUUGUGAUGAUUAUAUUAAAAUAAAUGUCAUUUUUCUCUGUA